GGAAAACAAAAUAAUAUCAAAGAGGGACUGAACUGAACUGCGAAUUCCCUGACAUCGUUAGAGCCACAAAGUUCUUGCUUUUGAUACCACUCUCUUUCUCUCUCGCUCUCGCGCGCGCGCACGGUCUCAAUGAGCUAAGUUGCUACAGAUGGUUCAACAAACAAUAGACUCUAAAUUCAGCGAGUAUGGGCUGGGUAGUACUGAAACUAACUUGCCCACUCAUGAUAAGCAGCUUCCAGUUGCUGUGAAGAAGACACCAUUGAAAGAUUUGCAAAACGAGAAUAGAAUUACAGUGCCCGGUCCUGUAGGAUAUCCUGCAUUACUGAAAGAUAGAGGGCCCAUUGUUGAUACCGCUAAGGUAUCUGGUUCCAGGAUACCCUCACCCGAAUGUCCUUUGAGCCCCCCUUGGCCUCAACCUGCAGCCAGUAAUGGUGCAAAUGGACAACUUGUCUAUGUCCGUAGAAAACCUGAGGCAGAAUUAGGUAAGAGCAACACUUGUGAUGCUUUAAGCAAUAACGCUGAUUGCCCACAUGCAAAGCAACUUGGUGACCAAGAAGUGACUAUCCUACCAAGAACCCACGUCAAGGAGCCAAACUUUGCUUGCUUUCCAGCAGUUGCACCUUCACCAGUGGCUACCUUGAUGAGCUCAUCUGGAAAGCCGUCAGUUUCUGUUCCUCUUGGAAAUUCUAAUAUGAGGUCAGCAACAGCAGAGUCCAAUUACAAAUCUGUUGCUUCCGCUACAGUAGCAUUGGGUAAUCUGAAGGGCACUACAAAUCUGCAUUGGGAAGAGCGAUAUCAUCAAUUGCAGUUAUACUUGAAGAAAUUAGACCAAUCAAAUCAAGAGGAGUACGUCCAAAUGCUUAGGUCAAUUUCAUCAGUCGAACUUAGUAGACUUGCUGUUGAGUUGGAAAAGAGGUCAAUCCAGCUCUCGUUGGAGGAAGCAAAAGAAGUGCAACGUGCUGCAGUCCUAAACGUCUUGGGGAAAUCUACAAAGAAAUAGUAUGAUGUAACAAAUAUUAUCUGUUUGUAGCAAUUUGGGUGCAGACUGGAGAGAAUAUAUAUAUAUAUAUAUAUAUAUAUAUAUAUAUGGUGAUUACUUGUUUCUUUUUGGCAUGGCUAUCCUGCCAUGUUGACCUGCUGUUUAUCUGCUAAUAGCUGCAUAUUUUAUUUGAAAUAUCCAGCUGCAUUGUUCAUCUCUGGAAUGCAGAAGCUGUUUACACUUAUAAAACUCUAAACUUCAUAGUAACAA